AUGGAUAACGUCCUCCCAGUGGACUCAGACCUCUUCCCAAACAUCUCCACCAACAUCUCGGAGCCUAACCAAUUUGUGCAGCCGGCCUGGCAAAUUGUCCUUUGGGCAGCUGCCUACACAGUCAUCGUGGUGACCUCCGUGGUGGGCAACGUGGUGGUUAUGUGGAUCAUCUUGGCCCACAAGAGAAUGAGGACAGUUACUAACUACUUCCUGGUGAACCUGGCCUUCGCAGAGGCCUCCAUGGCUGCAUUCAAUACAGUGGUGAACUUCACCUACGCGGUCCACAAUGAGUGGUACUAUGGCCUCUUCUACUGCAAAUUCCACAACUUCUUCCCCAUUGCUGCUGUCUUUGCCAGUAUUUACUCCAUGACGGCUGUGGCCUUCGAUAGGUACAUGGCCAUCAUCCACCCCCUCCAGCCCAGAUUGUCGGCCACAGCCACCAAGGUGGUCAUCUGUGUCAUCUGGAUCCUGGCUCUCCUCCUGGCCUUCCCCCAGGGCUACUAUUCGACCACGGAGACCAUGCCCAACAGAGUGGUGUGCAUGAUCGAAUGGCCAGAGCAUCCCAACAAGAUUUAUGAGAAAGUGUACCACAUCUGCGUGACUGUGCUGAUCUACUUCCUCCCCCUGCUGGUGAUAGGUUAUGCUUACACUGUGGUGGGCAUCACACUGUGGGCCAGUGAGAUCCCUGGGGACUCCUCUGACCGCUACCACGAGCAAGUCUCAGCCAAGCGCAAGGUGGUUAAGAUGAUGAUCGUUGUUGUAUGCACCUUUGCCAUCUGCUGGUUGCCCUUCCACAUCUUCUUCCUCCUGCCUUACAUCAACCCUGAUCUCUACCUGGAGAAGUUUAUUCAGCAGGUUUACCUAGCCAUCAUGUGGCUGGCCAUGAGCUCUACCAUGUACAACCCCAUCAUCUACUGCUGUCUCAAUGACAGGUUCCGUCUGGGUUUCAAGCAUGCCUUUCGGUGCUGCCCUUUCAUCAGUACUGGCGACCAUGAAGGGUUUGAAAUGAAAUCCACUAGGUACCUCCAGACCCAAGGCAGCAUCUAUAAAGUCAGCCGCCUGGAGACCACUGUCUCCACAGUGGUGGGGGCUCAUGACGAAGACCUGGAGGAAGGCCCCAAGGCCGUGCCCUCAUCCCUGGACGAGAUCUCCAAUGACCCCUCUCACAGCGACUCUAAGACCACGAUGGAGAGCUUCAGCUUCUACUCCAACAUGCUCUCCUAG